UUUCGUUUUAUUCCAUCCCGGCGUUUAUACUGGAUGCGCACGUAAACCUGGAUGCCACUAUAUCGGGCUUUCGGUUUGUUUUCCGUCGCGGAGCCAAGCGCUAGACCUAAAUUUUGAUUCGAGAAGCCUUCUUAAUUACAGAGGAAGAGCUAAAUAGGAAUUCCGUGCGUGUUUGAGUGGUUGGUGUUUUGUAACGAGUGCACUCGUUUUUUUUUCGCGGUCGUUAAGUGAUAUGAGAUGGUUAUCAUGCUCGUUAAGUACUGGAUAAUUACUGUUUUUGUUGUAUUUUUUAAAUUUAAAGAUACGAUAGCUUUGAAAAAUGUAAAACUCACAAUCCAGCCGGCAAUAGUACAAUAUUUAAGUCAUUCCACUUUACGAUGUUCGUACGAGCUAGAAGACGACAUUUUAUAUUCGGUUAAAUGGUACAGAGGGCUGUUGGAGUUUUACAGAUACACCCCCAGCGAGCAUCCAAGUACAAAAGUUUUCCCGUUCGAGGGAAUUACCGUUGACGAGAGCAGUUCCAAUUCGACUCAAGUGGUCCUUCGAAAUAUCGAGUUCAAUUUGUCCGGCAAUUUCAGCUGCGAAGUUACCACUGACCUACCUCAUAUGGUUACUGGAGUGGAUCAACAAAGCAUGAUAGUUAUACAGUUACCUGAAUCGUCUCCUAAAAUAAGUGUGGGUCGGGAUAUUAUGAACACUGGAGACCUUUUAAGAGCUAAUUGUUCGAGUCCCCCUUCGAGACCACCUGUGACUUUACAGUUUAAAUUAAACGAUAGAAUGGUGGCACAAAACGAUCCUUAUCCAUUCCGAAAAUCAUCAGAACGUUCCUGGAGUGAUCUAGCAUUAGAACUUGUCCUGAACGACUUACACUUUGAAAAUGGACGUUUGGUUUUGCACUGCAUAGCCAUAUUACCUGAAGUGUACCAAGAAGAAGUUCAACUGGAACUUGCGAGUGCGAAAGAUCCUAUUCCACAACAAAGAGUAAGAAGUCAGAAUGGAGUCAAGAAAGCCCCAGAGCAAACAAAGCUACCGUACAUUUUGCUUUGUUCCUUUCUGUUACGAAGUGCCAUUGUUGGAAUAUCCUAGUUAGUUAGUUAGCUCGUUAUAUUUGAUGUCUGAUUUUUUCCAUGGUAUUUCUUGGUUAUAAUAUAAUUGAAAUGAUGUUUUAUUUCGCUUUGGAUUUUACUAGAAAUUACUAGAUGUUAAAUAUGUAUAAUUAUUAUACGACUAAAGAACUGUCAUUGUAAAUUAUUUAGUUUAUCCAAUACUUGCAUACAAAAUCACCGUGCAGGAUUUAAAUUGCUUGCAUUAAUAAUAAUAAUAUUAAAAUUCCAUUUACUGCUAUCAUUUAAAAUGUUGUUGCCUCUAAAUCUAAAAAAGAUUCAAAAUACUCUGACCUAUGAAUAGUAUAUAUUUAUCAGGAUUAUUUGGAACGAACAAUAGUAAUAAAUAAAAGCUAACAUUUGUAAGUAUUGGCUAAAAAUUUACAUAUGCGAAAUAAAGUAUUUAUAUCACAAAAUAAUAAAUAUUUUCAUUAGUUGUUAAUAAAAACCAUAGAGUUUUUAUUUGUAUAUAAAUUUUGUAGAAAUAAUAUUCAAAAAUGUUGUAGACUGG